GGAUGAAGAACCAGGAAACCAGCUAGUUUCAGAGAAGUUUCAUAUUGACUGGGAUUCUGUACUCAUUGACACGGAUAACGUCAUUGUAGCAAGAUUCGAUGGCAGAGGAAGUGGAUUCCAGGGCCUGAAGAUUUUGCAGGAGAUUCACCGAAGUUUAGGUUCAGUAGAAGUAAAGGACCAAAUGGCAGCUGUGAAAUUUUUACUGAAACAGCCAUACAUUGACUCCAAAAGGUUAAGCAUUUUUGGAAAGGGUUAUGGUGGCUAUAUUGCAUCAAUGAUCUUAAAAUCAGAUGAAAAGCUCUUUAAAUGUGGAUCAGUGGUUGCACCCAUCAUAGACUUGAAAUUAUACGCUUCAGCCUUCUCGGAAAGAUACCUUGGUAUGCCAUCUAAGGAAGAAAGUACUUACCAGGCAUCUAGUGUGCUACAUAAUAUCCAUGGUUUAAAGGAAGAAAACAUAUUAAUAAUUCACGGAACUGCUGACACAAAAGUUCAUUUCCAGCAUUCAGCAGAAUUAAUCAAACACCUAAUAAAAGCUGGAGUGAAUUACACUAUGCAGGUAUACCCAGAUGAAGGCCAUAACGUAUCGGAGAAGAGCAAGUAUCACCUCUAUAGCACAAUCCUCAGAUUCUUCAGUGAUUGUUUAAAGGAAGAAAUAUCUGUGUUACCACAGGAACCAGAAGAAGAUGAAUAAAGGACCCUAUUUAUACAGAACUGAAGGGAAUGUUGAGGCUCAUGGAACCUUGCCAAGAGACUGUAAUAAUUGUAUGCGCCAGAAUUUCAAGGGCAGCUUAAAAAGAUGACACUGGAACAGCACACUCAGAAACAGAACUAGAAUGCGAAAACUGAAGUUCAAGUCUACUGUGUUGUUAAGGGUGCAUAGCCUGUUUCUUUGUAUAAGGAAGGUCAAAGGGUUGGUUUCCUGAGAGAAAUUAGUUUUGCAUUAAAGUAGGAGUAGUGCAUGUUUUCUUCUGUUAUUUCCCAGUUUGUUCUGUAACUAGUUGCUCUCAUCCUAAUUUCAAUGGCCACCAUCUUUGCAAAUAAUGCACAAUUUAUCCUCAGUACUACAGUCCCCAAUCUCUGAUGGUUGAGUUUCAAUCUAACACUUUUCUGUACCUUUUCAAUAAGUGCAAUUCUUUCAUUGUCUAUUAUUAUGCUUAAGAAAAUAUUCAGUUAAUAAAAAACAGAGUAUUUUAUGUAAUUUUUGUUUUUAAAAAGACAUUAUUAAAUGGGUCAAAGGAUAUGUAGAAAUAUGAAUAUCAGCACCUUCCAAAGUUCAGCCAGUUAUCAGUAGAUCCAGUAUCUUUAAAUCAACACACGAGUGUAUGUCUCACUAUAUGUGUGUAUACACACACACGCACACACACAUAUGUAUAUACACGCACGUGUGGUACACAGUCAGUGGAUCUAUCUUUACAUGUUAUUCAUGCUACAAGGGUAAACUUUUGAUGAAUUAGAAGAGAUGCUCUCUUACAGGCUACA